UGCUAGAAUAUAACUUCUAUUGUUUUCUAUUGUACAGGUUGAGGGUGCAAGCCGUGACCUACACUCUGGAAGCUUUGGAGGAACCGUUUAUGAGGCCAUGAGUGACUUAAUUUAUUUACUAGGUCAGCUUGCGGAUGUCAAAGGUAAGAUCCAGAUUCCAGGUAUUUAUGAUGAUGUGUUACCUCUCACGGAACAAGAAAAAGAAUUAUACAAAAAUCUUCAAUUUAGCCUUGAUGAUCUGCGAGCCGAUAUUGGAGUGAACACAUUUCUUCAUGACACAAAGGAGGAAAUACUCAUGCACAGAUGGCGGUAUCCUUCUUUAUCAAUUCAUGGCAUUGAAGGAGCUUUCUCUGGAUCAGGAACAAAAACUGUUAUUCCUGCAAAAGUUAUAGCCAAAUUCUCAAUUCGUCAAGUGCCCGAUAUGAAUCCAUCUGUUGUAGAAAAACAGGUAGCCGAUUACUUGGAAAGUAAAUUCUCUGAACGUAAGAGUCCAAAUAAAAUGAAACUAACCAUGGUUAUUGGAGCACAGCCCUGGAUAGCAAAUAUGAAUGGCCCUAUAUAUGUGGCUGCCAGGAACGCAGUCAAAAAAGUGUUCAACACUGAUGCAGACAUGAUCCGUGCUGGAGGAACAAUUCCAAUAGCCAAAAGGUUUGAGGAAAUUUUAGGAAAAACUGUCAUGUUACUUGGAAUUGGAGGGCCGGAAGAUGCUCCCCAUGGACAGAAUGAGAAGAUAAGCAAGCUGAACUACAUUGGAGGAACAAAAUUAUAUGCAUCAUUCCUUCAAGAAGUUCCACUUGUCUGACCUUCAUAGCUUCC